GGUGUGUGACGAAAACAGCACUGCGGCCCAGGGGAUGAUCUGAAAGUAUUUUAGCUGCCAGUGCAGUCCAAUAUGAACUGGCUUAACAAGAUAUCACGACUAUUUAUUCUUUGUUUGGAAAAUUGGUAGUAUUUCUAGUGCCAUUUCUACUUAAAAUUGGACGCGUUGUAUAUUUAUUCGGUUCAUUAUUAAUGAAUUAACGCUGGCUUCGUAUUAUUUCUGUUCGCCAGUUAGUUUCCUGCGUCGCUACAGUCGUUUAUGGUUUCCAUUGUGAAUGCUUACGAGAAAGCCUUCUGUUAUUGGUGUUCUUUUACUUUCUAAUCCGUGAUGAUAAAUAUCACACUACGGGCUGGAGGGCUGACUGUUUUUCUAUUCUUGCUGGGUAGUGAUUUUGUUUUGGGCUGGUUGAACAACAUUAAAUCCAGCACACAACAAAGCGAACGGUCUAUAACCUCCAGUUCAGAUCAGAGUUGCUUCUGUCACUUGACAGGUGUCUUGGAUGACUGCUUCUGUGACAUAGAGAGUAUUGAUGUCUUCAACAACUUCAAGAUCUAUCCCAAAAUUCAGAAACUAAUAGAAAGAGAUUUCUUCAGAUACUAUAAAGUAAAUUUGAGGAGACCAUGUCCCUUCUGGCCAGAUGAUGGGCAUUGCUCCAGAAAGGACUGUCAGGUGGAACCUUGCCCAGAGAGUAGAGUUCCAGUGGGAAUUAAAGCUGGCAACUACAAUAAAGAAUACUGUUUGAUGGGAGAUAGAGGACUCCAAUCCAUAAGGACAGGAAACCAGAAGGCUGAUGUUGCCCCCAAAGGAGAGACGGACACAGAAGACCCUGGGCUCCCCAACGCCCACUGUGCUAGUAGCUUUAAUGAGAAAGACAGUGCAAGGUAUUCACAGGAUACAAAUACUGUAACAGAAAUCGAGGAUUGUGUGCACGCUAACCAACUUGGAGCUAUAAAUAGCACUUUAAGCAACCAAAGUAAAGAAGCUUUUGCAGAAUGGGCAAGGCAUGACGAUGCUAAGGAUCAUUUUUGCGAACUCGAUGAUGAGACAUCACCUGAUGCAGAAUAUGUGGACCUGCUUUUUAACCCAGAGCGCUACACUGGAUACAAAGGGCCUUCAGCAUGGAGAGUGUGGAACAGCAUCUAUGAAGAAAACUGCUUCAAACCCAGAUCAGUUUACCGCCCCUUAAAUCCAUUGGCACCAAGCAGAGGAGAUGAUGAUGGGGAGAACUUCUAUAACUGGCUGGAAGGUCUGUGUCUUGAGAAAAGAGUAUUUUAUAGACUGAUUUCUGGGCUCCACACAAGUAUCAACAUACAUCUCUGUGCCAAAUAUCUGAUAGAUGAGGGCUGGGGAAAAACCACAUGGGGAACAAAUGUGAAGGAGUUCAGACAUCGUUUUGAUCCUGUUGAAACUAAGGGAGAGGGGACCAGAAGACUUAAAAACCUAUACUUCUUAUACUUGAUAGAGUUACGUGCUUUAUCCAAAGUAGCGCCAUACUUUGAACGGACCAUUGUGGAGUUGUAUACCGGCAAUACUGAGGAAGAUGCAGCUACAAAAGAACUACUUUUGCAAGUCUUUAAUGAGACAAAAGCAUUCCCUAUGCAUUUUGAUGAGAAAUCCAUGUUUGCUGGAGGCAAAAAAGAAGCAAAAAUAUUAAAGGAAGAGUUCAGGCUCCAUUUUAAAAAUAUAUCCCGUAUAAUGGACUGUGUUGGCUGUAGUAGUUGUCGACUGUGGGGUAAGCUUCAGACCCAGGGCUUGGGAACAGCACUGAAGAUUUUGUUUUCGGAAAAAGAAAUUAAGAAUCUUUCAGAGAACAGCACUUCUAAAGACUUUCAGCUCACGCGUCAGGAAAUUGUUGGUCUUCUGAAUGCUUUUGGAAGGCUUUCAACAAGUAUAAAGGAGCUUCAGAAUUUCAGAACUCUUCUGCAGGACAACAGGUAACAAACAUUGCCAGCCACAGUGACGACUGACCAUGGACACAGCGAUAGUCUGUUUGAUUGUGGCAUUUCCCCCAGAAUGAGACCACUUCAGGAACUAUUUCAUAAUGAUCUAGAGUACUUCUGCUUACUCUUAACUUCAGAAAUUCUGUGAAACCCAGGUUUCACAAAAGUAGAAAUAGUGCAUUUUGUACCAAAAGUUCCAGAUCAGGUUUUAACAUUUAGGUAUACUUAAAGGACCAUGUUUUGUUCACUACGCAGAUAGAUAAAUAUUACUUUUGUUUCUGUUCAUGACCCCCCUUUUUUCAAUAGACACUCUUUAAGUUUACAAAGAUGUUUGUUUUAAGAAAUUUGUUAUAGCAGUUGUAGUAGGUCAAGUUCAAUUUAGGUGUCAAAGAGAAUCUACAGCUGUGGCCAAAUGUUUUGCAUCACCUAUAAUUUUAGGAUUGAUAAUAAUAAAAACCUAUAUAAACAU